AUGCAUUUCCUUUCAUUCUACCGUUACAAAAUAUGUUCCCACUAAGAGACUCUUUUGUAUCAAUUUACUAAACAGAAAAUAUCAACUAGAAAGUCAUGUAAGCAGUAUAAAGUCAACGCUCCUUCACCUACAUACCAUGAUAUCUGAAACUCUGUACGUUGUUCUAUCAUGGUCUCCACAAGAGAAAGACCUACGAAUUGUCCAUUCGUUUACUAAAUUGACUGUAACUUUAUGGAUGACCUUUUCAGCAGUGACAGUUCACCAGAUCCCAUCGCAUCAUCUUCUAUAGAACGUUUAAACCUUUCGAUAAACCAUCCUGAGAGUUCAAAUGACCAUGUUAGUGUUUUUCCUAAAUUACAAGAUCAAAUGAAAGCUAUUCGAUUGAAACGAAAAAAAGUUCAACAGAGCAGGGUUAGGCCAACAAAAAUUGCCAAAAAGGACUCACAGGAACAGGGUGUCGGUCAGAAUGAGCAUCAAGAAUUAACAAACGAGCCUCCUAAUAAGAAGAACAAUAAGGGAAACACUUCAUUAAAAACAACAAGAAAGAGAAAACUGAGCACUCAACAAAAAUCAACUUUAACAAAACGCAAAGUACCAAUUCCACCAGAAUCCGUCGUCCCAAAUGAAGCCCCUCUUGCUUCUGCUGCUCCGGCCCAUCAAGAAAACGAUGAAAUUCGUAACGUAUCUUCAGACCAUGUCGAAUUUGACGAAAUCAAAAGUCCUCAGAGUAACUACAUGCAAGACUUGCCUUCAUUAGAAAGCUCUGUACCAACUCCUCACAAAAUCGUUUGGUCGAAACAACAUUGGAAACAAUUGAAUAAGCUCAUUAAAAGAUUUCAUGAAGAAAACGCUAUUAUAAAACAUUUUAUGCAAUUCGAAACGAACUUUUCUAUACAAGAAGUGAAUCGAAGAUUAAGAGCGCUUAUUAUCGCUCGCCAAAACAAACAACAGCGCGAAAGAAACGAAAACUAAAGCUACAGCUUAUGAGAAAUCUUGAAGUAAACUUUUUUGGUUCUAUUACGUUCUUCGAGUAGCAGCAUUCAAGAUAUCCUGCUGCUUCUUACUAUUGAGCUGAUUCAGAUAGUGGAAUGAACUCUCAUACACCCAUGGCUGUUGGUAGAAAAGCGAAUUCCGCUUGUCUUCUUGGUGAAUUCCUCCUCCGUCCAUUAUGAUUUCAAGAUCCCGAUUCUGGGAACUAAUCCAUUUAUCGAUAAAGGCUUGAGGAUCAUUAGCAAACUGUUGCAUAAAGUCAUGUUUUGCCUUGGAGAAGUUACAGGCCUGGACAUAUUCCGCCAGCUUGUCAUCCAACUCUGAUAUUUUUUCUUGCAAAUGUAUUUUUUCCAAGAACGAUUUGAUUUGCGUAAGCUUGGGAUCUUCCAAACUAACUUCAAUGUCAUAAACCUUGUCGCAAACCGUUUUUUCUUGACCCACUUUCACAGUAAAGGAAAUGGAGAAUGGGUCGACUGGCUGAAGAAAUUUAUUCAUCAAUUCAGGGAUUUUAGGAAAGUACAGGCGAUCCGUACCAAACACAUCUUGAAGGCCCUUGUCACAGUUGAUCAACCGUUUGUCCUCCAUGUCCUGUAACCGGUGAAACUUGAUAUACUGCCACAGUGCCAUGACAAUAGUGGGUCUCGUUCCUUCUGAAAUGCCUAGUAAUUGUGCAAAGUUUGCAGACAGCUUGUAGCGCUCCGGAUGCUCCUCCGGAUACAAGGAAAUUUGAACAUUGACAUCAGCAUCACCACGCCGAGUGAUUUCGAUUCCAUCCGUAUGUUCGAAGGAAGUUGUGGGUUUGUUCCAUUCGACAUAGUUGCCUUCAGGAUAGAGCUCGUCACUGCGGUUAAUUCGUACACACACACGCUUAAAAAAAGCAGUAAAGUGGUGCUUUUUCAAGGCAUCUUUCGUAUCGUCAUUAUCAUUUGUUUCCUAUAACGCAUUAGCCAUUAAAUACAGAGCAGGGAUUGGAAUGAAGCAUCCAGUCUUAACAUACCGGCAACAAACGGCCUUCUAUUUUUAAUGUCCAUUGAGGUAUAGGCAUGUUAUUCAUAUUAUAGCCAUUCAUGCCUUCAUUCGUGUUCAAUUGCCAUUGUUGGUUUGCAGCCUUGCAGCUAAUAAAUAUCCGCAUUCUACGCUUUAAACGAAUGUGACGAUUUAACGAAUCUUGUAAAUCAAAUUUUUUUCGCAUAAUCAAGGAGUCCAAUCGUUUCUCCAAGUUUUGAAGUUUUGCAUAUUGUUUGGCCUCAGGAACCAUCUCAGCGAUGGAUUCUGGAAUAUCUCGCUCCGUAAGCCGAAUUCUUGAUUUAUGUUCAGCCAUUAUGUCCAAUCUUUACAAGUAAACUUUAUACUAAUUACUGACUGGCUGUUUUUGAAGGUGUUUUCCUCUUUGUGUCGAUAUAAUUGACAGUCGUUGUGCACGGAGUGUGCGAACGGUAGUCUAAACAAGUAUCAUUUCUGAGCAUCGUAAAAUAGAAAAUUGCCACAGAAAAGUACAUUUUCGUAAUUAGAAAACUCGGCUAAAUAACAUAGAAACAAAAGUGGUUGAUAAAAACGGUUUGCGUUUUGUCUUUAUUUACCACCAGAAGCCU